AUGGAAAACCCCCAGGAACCUUCCCUGAUAGAGUAUGCCCGAUUCUACGGUAUUGCCCGUGAUUUCACGGCAGUCGAUCCCCUCACAUACAUCGACAACGCCGCAACUGAAACACCAUUACCUCAUGAUACUCUAUCGGAAUUUCAAGAUCAUAUCUACGAGACACAGAGAAACAUUGAAGAUAAACUUCGCAAAGAAAAGCUCAAUCAUCAUGGAACGUUGCGGUACACAAAUCCGCUGCGUUACGACGAGAACGUGGUCGAAAUCCGUCCUCACGACGAAUCGUGCCCGAAACUUAAGGAUGAAGAAAUCAUUGCUGAACUUUUAGUCAAGGCUGACCAGAUUCUGAAGGAUGUUAUGCCGGAGAAGUUAAAGUGUAGCAGAGAGUCAAUGUUGUUAAUACAAAGGGCUAGAGACUGUGGAAGUCUUGCCUUCCCAGACCUAGAAGGUCUUUUGAAUGAUAUGAUGAUGUCCGUUCAGAAAGACCGCAAUCCUUCGAAAUCUCCUCCAUUAGUUCUAUCGGAUAUUGAUGAAACGUACUAUCGGAGUCCCUCGCCGGCUUUCAAGUCGCUGAUGUUGCCCAGCCCUGCUUCCUCUGGUUCUUUUGAGCUUGAGCUGCAGCGCAACAAAAGAUUAGUCUGUCACUUAGACUCAAAGACUUCAGAUUGUGCGGUAGCGCCAAACAAGGGAGAAGGUAGCCAUACGAGUGAAGAAAAGGUUCGACUAGAGCAUGAAGUAUCACUUGACCGAAACAACACGGAAAUAAGCACAGUUGGAGCCGACAGUGCCGCUCAGUCUUUUCCAAACAAGUAUAACAGAAGUGAAAAACAACGUGGUUUAGGUGUUUCUCAACAAAUUGGCGAUGCUAUCAACUUGAUUGAUGCAGAUUCAUCAGUCAUAUUUCAUACGCAAGAGAAUGAGUGCAUGCCAACCGCGUGCACCUCGACUCAGGAGCGAUCAAGUCAAUCACCCAGGGUUAUACUUGUCGAGAAUUGUCAGAUUGCAAGCAUGUCGGCAGAGUUUAUAUCGUCUUUUGGUUCCUCUUCGGUAAUAGACUCGCCCAAUCCAGAUUCUACGCGGUGUCAACCAUGCCCUAUGUCAACUAUGCCUUCUUCUCAACGUUCGAAACCGGAGGACCAUGCUGGUGGCUAUUUACAUACGGUUGAAGACCACGGGAGUGUGGAAGACAUUGCUGAAACAGCAUCUGACAAGGAACUGGGGUUUACUCAUGAGGAUGUUAGUGAAAUGAGAUUCACAGGACAACGCCAAUUGUUGGAGCCUGACACAGCAGCUCUUCAACAUGAAAGUGGAAAGACGGCCAUGUGUACUUCCCCAGAUACCGCAGUUCCUGAUACCAAUGCAUCCUCAGAUAUGGUGUCUAAUUUAAUAUGCUGCGAAGUUUCAACAGAUACAAUGCUUGGGGGACAAAAACGAAGACACGAGGAGGGGCAGGAUGUCUUGCGGAAAGACCGCAAACUUGUCCAGCCAUUAACCGCAUCCCUAGCUAACGACAAAUGCAAGUAUACGCUGCCCUCACAGUCGUCGAUAUUGGGCUCCUUGUCCACCUUCAUGGAGGCUAGAGGCAGGGUCGAAAGGCGACAAGUAACGGCCGUCAGUCCAUACUUUACCAACAACAUGCGGCUUGAGGGUGUUGUAGAACAUCAGGACCCAGCUAUAAAUGCUGAAAACCCCCACGGAUAUGAAGAACGAGAAGAUGCGCUAGAGGAGCUAUAUCCUCCAGGGUUAGAGCUUACAAAACAUCAGUACCCUCAAUACCCUCAACUGCAAGCCCACGAUCACGAGCAACCACUACUCUUCGUAUCAACUGCGCUCCUCAAGAGCCAUCUCCCAAUUAUUCAAGGUCUUGAAAGAUUAAAGAGCCCUCCAGCUAUGAUAUAUAGGGACUAUGAUCAGCCCGUUCCUCGCAUCUGGACUCCAUCUCAAACAAACACAAAAGAUACUCUCCCCAAAGAAGCAGACAUCAUCGUCUCACCAACAGCUGGAAUCAUACUGACUACUCUACAAGGUACAACACAGCUAUACCUUCCUGGCCAUAAGCCUAACCCACAGACGAACGGUACUAAGUGCAUCAACUCGCCGCUCCGCGAACGCAUCUUCCUCCUAGCUCCGCGAUACAGAUACCUCUACGUAUUUGUUGCUCACGGCGCAAAUUUUCCGAAAGGUGGACAAGGCAACGCUCCACGAUUGACAGCAGAUAGACGGUUGUUGGCGUCUUUCACAUCACUAACAGCCUUCUGUGAUUCGAUGUCAGCGAAUUCAACUAUCUCUCCGAUCUUGAUUUCUCCAUCGUCUGAUACACUAAUAGAAUGGAUUCUGGCACUAGCUCGCAAACAUGCUUUUCAUUUGCCUGCUGAUACUGCUGGUUUACCACAAACGAUGUCAUUUACACCCGUUAACGCGACUCCGAAGAACAUGUUUGACAUUGAGGCUAUGGAGAAUGAAACUUGUUGGGAAAUAUUUCUCCGUCGAGUAGGGUUGAAUCCGUAUGCUGCGCAAACUAUUUUGACCGUCUUGAAAUAUGAACGAGAAAUACCCGAACGCAAAUAUAAUGACGGUACACCACAUGAUGUCGAUAAAGAGAUGAGUGCCCUCUCCAGAUUUAUCGAAAUGUCACCGGAGCGGCGACGAGAACUCUUUCCAGGUUUGAUUGGGAAGAGGAAUGAAGCAAUUCUUGAAAAGGACUGGCAAUGUGACUGGGCAUUAGAUUUUGAUUAA